UGUUUCGGCACGAGCCUUUGUUUCACCUUCAUCCUAGAGAGACACUCGCAAAAGGACAUCCCAAAUGGGUGUCGUUGCCUUACUUUAACAGAUCCUUUCUUUUCAUUGAAAACAAUACAAUUUAUUUCAUGUUUUGCAUAUCACAGAGGUGAUUCUGUCUUCUCCAAGAUUGCCAGAACUCUCCUCUUUUCUGAUCAACAUGACAGUCGCGGAAGCUGACGACAUGUCUCACCUUCUGAAACUUCCAGAAGAACUAAUUGUGUGCAUACUGAAUAAACUCGGUUAUGAAAAUUUGAUCACUGUUGGAUUUGUGAGCAAAUCCCUUUAUCAUUUGGCCUCAAUGGAUAUACUAUGGAGGAACUUCUGCCUUGAGUGGGAGGGAAUCAUAAAAUUGGAUGAAUGGAGGAGGGAGCUGAAUUCAGGGAGGGCUCUGUUCAGAUUGCUCAGGUCUUUUCAGAAAUUGAUUGGGUUAUGGAGUUCUACAGAGCUUUAUCCCAGAGGUGGGAUCCUCCACAUUAAUUGGGGUAAUCUAUGCCUGAUUGCAUCAAGAGUAUGGCCUCGUCAUUCUGGUGAUGUUAUUUUAAGACCUCUAUUUGAGGUUGCUGGGUUACAAAAUGGUUCAUUCAAGACACAACUGUUCACUCAAGAUGUAGAUUUCAAAUUUCCCAUGAAACUGAUAUGGUCCUCCAAAGAGGAAGUGGAGUUUGAGUUUGAGUUAUGUGAUUUGGGUGAAGAUUCAUCUGUAGUCAAUUCAAGAAACACAGACACCACUUAUGAAUCACGUUCAUAUAUGCCCAACCAACCAACAAAAUUACUGCAAUUGAGCCAUUUAGCAACUAUAGUGAGAUCACUUCAACCAGAUCAGAGGUUGUUUGGUGCUCCUGCUCAUGAUGAAUUCCUAGAUGAAAAUUCAAAAUUGAAUUGUGAGCAACUACUUCAUAGAUUUCUUCGUCCCGUUAACCAAGAAAGAGGCACUCAAGACCAAGAAUCAAGCACUGAUCAUGAACGGCAUGGGGGACACAUUAGCCAUCGGGCCAUUCAAUAUUUGAUGUCGAUGUACGCAUUUGGUAACCAAACUCCAGGUACAAAAAUCUUCUCAGGAAGCAAUAGGAUUAACAAAUCUGCAUACACAAAGCUUAUUGUUGAUGAACCAAAGCCAGGGCAGGAGCUUGCUGGACUUUGGAGUGGGAUGUAUGGUCCCCAUGGCCUGGAAAUAGUGAAAGUGUCUUAUACUAAUGAUGAAAUCAUAGCAAAUAAACUUCUUGGUGAUCCCAAUGUACCUUGCAAUGAAGUGACAUUUAAAGUUAAACUUUCUUCAGUGAAUAUGGAGGCCCGAUUGGACCUUCAAAGGAAUCUGAUGGGAAUUGAACAGGAUGAUGCCUUAGAUAUUGCUAGAACGUAUAGAGGUUAUGGAAGAAUUGCAGGCCGCGGAUUUCACAAUCCUAAAUGGGUGCCUGGUCAACUGCUUGUGCACUGCAAUGGCAACAUGGCCUUUCUUUGGGAGGAUGUGAACUUUGUGAUCAGUUUUCAGAGGUUGCAUCUGGAAUCACUGUCUUCUGAGUUGAAAUGAAAUUACUUUUCUAAGGUUCCAUAAGGCUGUUGCUAAAUGCUUAAUGCUUUCUGAAGCAUAGCUUAUGUGCAGUGGUCUUUCACUUUUCCAAAGAGAUAUAAAAGUGUUUCAAAAAUAGAAAUGCCCAAGUUCCUGUUUUUUUGUACAGUUUCUGCUGGUAUAAAUACAUUGUUUCCUCUAUUUUCACAGUGGAUUGAUGGGUAUGGUACUUUCUUAUUCAAAGGAAUUGCUCAAGCUCUCGCAAGCCAUAGUUGUCAAUUUCAGGUUACAAAGAUUUUGUGUACUAUCCAGUGUAUGUGGUAUGAAUUUUUCGAUUUUA